GGGCGCUGUGGAGCAGGAGGUAUGUAGCGGCCCGGAGCUGGAUCUAAAAUGAUGCGUCUGUUCUUCCGCUCUGCAGCGGGCUGCUGUCCUUCAUUCCUCCCUCAUCAUCCUCCACACACACGGGAGACUUUCUCCAAGGCCGCUUCUUACAAAAAAAUGUUUCAUUACCUGACGGAGGAGAGAGGCAGGCCGAACUCACCGGGAUACCGGAUUUAUUUUAAAACCUCACAUGGGAAAUACAUCUCUCCGUUCCAUGACAUCCCGCUCUAUGCACCCCAUCAACAGUGUCAGUGCUGUGGAACAGUCAGAGGGAAAGCUGGAACUUUUCAGUCGAACGACAUACCAGCGAAGAAACAGAAAUGCUCUGACAGUGAGAUUCUCUUCAACAUGGUUGUGGAGGUUCCUCGCUGGUCGAAUGCCAAGAUGGAGAUAGCCACGAAGGAAACGCUGAACCCCAUUAAACAGGACGUGAAAAAAGGCAAACUCCGAUAUGUGGCCAACAUUUUCCCACAUAAAGGCUACAUCUGGAACUACGGCGCACUGCCUCAGACCUGGGAGGAUCCCAAUCACACAGAUAAAGACACCAGCUGCUGUGGAGACAACGACCCCAUAGACGUCUGUGACAUCGGCACCAGGGUGUGCUCCACUGGUCAGGUGAUCCAGGUGAAGGUGCUUGGGAUUCUGGCUCUGAUUGAUGAAGGAGAGACAGACUGGAAAGUCAUCGCCAUCAACACUGACGAUCCUGAUGCUAAUAAACUUCACAGUAUUGAGGAUGUUCGGGCGAACAGACCCGGCCACCUGGAGGCGACGGUGGAUUGGUUUAGAAAAUAUAAAAUACCUGACGGGAAACCAGAGAACCAGUUCGCCUUUAACGCACAAUUCAAAGACCAGGACUUUGCUGUAGAGGUGAUUAAAUCCACACACAGCUGUUGGAAAGCUCUGGUGCAGAAACAGACGAAACCUGGAGAGAUCGUGUGUCAGAACUCCUCAGUGUGCGGAAGCCCAUUUCAGUGCAGCGACGCCGACGCUGUUGCCGUAGUCAGAGUUGCUCCAGAGUACGGAGAGGGUCUGCCACUUCCUGCAGAAGUGGAUAAGUGGCAUUUCCUGCCCCAGUGACCCCGCGGCUCCGUCCCGAACCUCGCAGUCGUUCGGAGUUAUUAAUCACCUCACCUAUAAAUACACUCGGUGUCCCUUCAGUGAUUAAUAGCUGAUUUUUUACUGUUUGUGUCUAAACAGUUUUGGUUUAUAGAUCUAAAAAUGAUAGAAUGCAGGUUGUCUAAAUAUGAUUUAAAACGACCUUCACUGAUACCAGAGAAGUCCACCAAACCCCGACCUGGCGUACCGCUCGCUCUCUGUGCCGUGACACUUUAAAUCGUACAAUUUACUUUAGAAAUUAUUUUUUUAAUGACACGUCACACAAAAGGAAUAUUUAUUUUUUCAUAACCGUAUUAAGUGGGUGGAGUUUGGGGGUGUGACUUUAUUAUUGUUUUUUGUUAAAUAAAUACACUAUAAAUGUGCACUUUA